AUAACUAAACAACACUGGUAAUGCCAACCAUUUACAAGCUAGCCAGUACUUACACUAUUCCUAGUAUAAUGUUAAAUAUGUUUUUGAACAUACAAUUUAGCUUCACGUAGGCUAGCUAGUAAGGACGACAGAUGGUGGCUGUUGCUUAGUUACGCUUAGAUGCCGACUGACGACAACUGUCCACGAGCUCAAGUGCAUUUCGGGAACAGAAUAAAAAAGUGGACACGACGGAGGGAAUUCGCGCCAGUGGUGACUGCUAGCAAGAAUCUUGAGCAAAUGGACCAAUCUUUAGAGGAUCCUGGGCCUCUUGGGUCUUUUGACACUGGACAACUGACCAAAACUGUACUUGUUAGUAUCUAUAAAGACAAUACAGAAACAUGCAAAAAGAUCUUCCACAUCAGUGAUGCCCCACAACUUUUGACAUUCUGUUACUCAGAAUUCUCCCAUCCUGUUCAGUUAGAACGGUUUCUUAAAUAUAACAAAGACUUCAAUGACUACAUUGACUGUGACAUCACCACAGCUGUGCAAGACUAUGACAAAUUUCAAGUUUAUGUGGCCACUGAAAUCCACCUACAGAUCAUCAAUGUUCAGCCUACCCAGACUAAAAGUACUCAGGCCGAAGACUCACUGCCGUUACAGUCAUUCCUGAGCAGGAAGGCACCUGAUACAAUAGCUGAAUAUGAGCACACAGGGAUGUUAUCUACAGAAGGAAGGAAAAAGAUCAUCACUGUUAGUGUCGGUGAUCUCGUGGCAAAACAUGGAUUCUACCCUUCUACUGCAGACAAGCUGAACUUGGCUAAAUCCUUGAUUGCAAUAUUUCCCUCUCUGAAUCUCAGCGUUUGUGGAGAGAACGAAGGAUAUGAGCAUCUAUAUGACCCUGUGUCCCAUAAAGGAUUUAUAGAAAUCAAGCUUCGGAAUAUGAGGCGGCAUCUUGAAGAGGGACAGCGACGCUAUCAACGAAAACGAAAAGUUCCCUGCAGUGUUUCAGCUGGAGCAUCAGUAACACAGUCACCAGCUGAUGAAGACCCAAUUGAAUGGUUGACCAUCAUCAAGAGAAUGAAGCCAUCAUCUGAGAACAUCUCCACCAUCAAAACUGCAAUGGAAAAGACCUUCAACCAUCGCAGGAAUUGGAUCAGCACGCAGAUGCCAACAGUUGAUGGAUAA